AAAGGAAUAGAACAAAAAAGCUGAACACCCAAUUCCCCGCCAGAAAGAAAUAGAAUCCCUCUCCCUCCCCAAGAUACAACUAUGGCAUCCAGUCCGAACAACACCGCCUUCGCUCAACCGAGUGUUGGAAGACCCCAAGCCUCGCAUCCAUAUCCGUGCCCAGUUUACCAGCAGCAGCAGUACUACCUUAACAACAGCAACUGCCAAAACCUCCCUCCCAGAUCCCAAACCCAGAUUCCCAUCUCCAGUUCCCCGCCCCCUGCCCAAAACGACAUCGUAUAUCCUCUUGCUUCCUCCGGCCGCGGCUUCGUUCCGGGCACUCUCCGCCCCUCCGAUCACAGCUUUCCCCUCUCUAAUAACACCACUCCCACUACUCUUCUUCUUCGUGGGACCUUCAAUCCCUCUUCCUCCGCCCUUAGUUACAGGCCAGCCUCUCCAUCUCCCUUGCUCUCUCAUCCUCAAUAUCCAACUCUCUCCAGGCAACCGCCUUCCAAUCCCAACCCUCUCCAUACCCUCGUUCCUUCUCCUCCCGCUUCAGCGGCCCCUAUCAAGGGAAUCCCCCUUCCUUGCCAACUCAUGGUAAGAAUAUCUGGUGGAGCUUCUCUUUAUGCACUUUGUCGAUCAUGGUUGAGAAACGGUGUUGCUGAGGAAAGCCAGCUCCUCUUCCUAGCCCGGAACGGAUUCCCGUUCAUCGUCGCCGCGUUUGGGUUCCCUGUAACCCACGACACCCACCGCGCGAUUCGCGCCAUAGGAGUAGAACCCCGGCGGACCUGCUCCUCGUCUUUGGUCGUCAUAGUGGCAACUGUUGGUGGUGGUGCUUCUUUCGGGGCCGGCGGCUUCACCGCCAGGAGCUCAUUGAUCCUUGUCCUCACACCCUAUAGCGAAGGUGCAAAGACUCUCUCAAGACCCUUGCCAUUACCUGUGGUGGAUAGCAAUUCACCAAGUAAGGAAGAUGAAGGAGAAGACACUGACGAGGCUGAAGAAACUGUUAAACAUUUAUCAGCGCAAGACUUGUUAAAGAGGCACAUCAAGCAUGCAAAAAAGGUUCGAGCAAGAUUAAGGGAAGAACGGUUGAUUAGAAUCGCAAGGUACAAAACUAGGUUGGCUCUUCUUCUUCCCCCACAAGCAGAGCAGUUUAGAAAUGACACAGCAGCUGGUAACUGAACUGAGGCAGGGGAUGGGCAUAAUGAAGAAGUAGGGGAGUGCCAAAUGAAAGAGGUUCUCUUUCCUAUUCUCCCUGGAAAGCAAGAUCAGCCGGCUUAUAUUCCCUGUCAUGUGGUGAGUGGUGACCUGAUGUUUCAGUUUGCCUCUGUCAAUGACUACUUGCAAGAAUUAAGGCAGCUGUAUUAACUUCCACCAAACGGUAGUUGGCGGAAAUGCAAAAAGUGGAAGAUUGAAGUAGUAUUGGUCGCUCGAGUAGGAUGCUUGUAUUGUAGCGCGUGACUGAACUCUGAAUUCAUUUCCAGACCAUUAUGAUAUUGAUAAAACUGAUGUCUUCCAUAGCAUGUUCAUGUGUAAACUAUACCAGCUGAUGCGUCGUAUGGUUCUAAUCUUACCUCCGAAACCGCGGGCCUGGACUGACCUUGGUGUCUCCUGGCUCACGGGCUAUGGACAACAGGUUCAGAUUUUAUGAUGGGGCACGACAAUUUACAUCUAAAAAUAAUCUUGUAUCGCAUCGAUUAGAUUAUUUACAAGGCAUUUUUAUAAGGUUAGAUCAAUUAUAAGAAUUGA